AUUCACUCACUCUGUGCCUCUAGUGUAGACCGGUAGACGUUUAUACCUGUCGUUAGAAAUGUCUCCAGAUGAGCUGGUGUACCUGGGAAUCCUCGCCGCAUCCAUACCUGUGGGGGUCCUGUUCCGCUACCUCAGUCCUCAAGCGAAGAAGGGGGCAGCGUUGAGUUUGGGUCUCCUCAUCACCAUCGGCACGUGCGGGAUACACACUUUACACUCGCUGUGCACCGUUCUGGGAACGUGGCUGAUCAUCCGAGUCAACUGGAGGAAAGCUCCACCCCUUUCUCUCGGAUGGACGUUCCUUUAUCUUUUCUUCUUCCGUAUGGUCAUGUGGUUCGGACUUCCGGCUCCGCCGCCGUUCGCGAACGCCAUCCAGCUUCUCCUCACCCUGAAGUUGGUCAGUUUGGCGUACGAGGUUCAGAGCUAUCACUUUGAGAAGAAAAAGGAAGUGAGCUCGUUCUCCAAGUCGCCCGUGAUUGGCCGGCUCUCUCACGAGCCCUCCCUCUAUGACAUCCUCUCAUACAGCUACUGCUACGUUGGGAUCAUGACGGGGCCGUUCUUCCGUUAUCAGACGUAUGUGGACUGGCUCGAACAGACCGAUCCUCUCGCGCUGCCGUGUAAAGUGCCGUGCCUGAGCAAGUUAAAGCUGGUUCCUGUUUAUGCCGCUCUCUUCAUGGGUGUUAACUUCCUGUUCCCGUUGUCCUACGUUCGCACCAACGACUUCCUGGAGCACAACUUCUUCUUCAGGUUUUUCUACAUGGUGGCGGUGUUCUUCGUGUUCCGCAUGAGGUUCUACUCGGCGUGGUGCGGAGCCGAGGCCGGCUGCAUCACCGCAGGACUCGGGUGCUACCCAAAGGGGGCGGAGUCUAAACCAGGAGGCGGACCUACAGUGCAGUACAGCCCCGAGCCCGGUGCUCUGGUCGAGUAUGACUUCAGAACCAUCCAGAACAUCGACUGCUACAACACAGACUUCUGUGUGAAAGUGCGACACGGUAUGCGCUACUGGAACAUGACAGUGCAGUGGUGGCUUCAUCAGUACAUCUACAGCAGCGCACCGUUCAGAGCCUACGCCCUGAGAGCGGGAUGGACGAUGUUGGUGAGCGCGUACUGGCACGGUCUGCACGCAGGUUAUUACCUGUCCUUCCUCACCAUCCCGGUGUGUAUCGCUGCAGAGUUGUCGAUGGAGUCGUCUGUGCGCGCGCGUCUCGGCGCUGAGGGACAGAAGGUGUUCGACUGGGUGCACUGGUUCCUGAAGAUGCGCGCGUACGACUACAUGUGCAUGGGCUUCGUCCUGCUGAAUGCCAGCGACACGCUGCACUACUGGAGCUCUAUUUACUUCCUGAUCCACGUCGUGGCCUUCAUCUGUAUCGCCGCCGGACGACUGAUGGGAGGAGGGAAAAAGGAGAGGACGAGGGAGGAGCGUGAGAAGUGACGUUCUGUGGUCUGCAGUGCAUUAUCGGAUUUCAGGCGUGCGCUGGGUAUUUUGGGUUAUUAUUAGUGCACCUGCCAUGUAAGAACUACAAAUCCCAGUAUGCACUGUUUCUGUGCCCCUGUUUUAGCCCCCUGUUUUAGCUCUCUUUUUACCACGCCCUCUACAGCUUCCUUUAAAAUGCGCAUCAGGAGCGCACACUCGCAGCCCGAACGCAGGAGGAGGAAGUGUGUAAGGAUUUUCAGUCUGAGGGAACUGGUUACCCUUAGCAACGAGCACACCAUCACUGAUUUCCUCCAAACUGCAUUCAGUCACAUCAACUCACUAAUGACACGGUAAAGUAAUGAAAGAAAAGAACGGCUUAGGGAAAGAGAGAAAGACGGGAAGAUGAUCAAGAAAGAAAUAUAGGAAAGGAAAGAAGGAAAUUCUGGAGAGAAGGAAAAUGAAAUGAUGGAGGGAGGGAAAGAAAUUAAGGAAAUGGGGGAGGGAAAGAAAGAAUGAAAUGAUGGAGGGGAAAAAAGGAAAGAAUGAAGUUAUGGAGAGAAGGAAAGAAAGAAUGAAGUGAUUGAGGGAAAGAAGGAAUUGAUUGAGGGAAGGAAGAAGAUGAUGGAGAGAAAGAAAGAAGGAAAUGAUGGAGAGAAGGAAGGAAAGAAUGGCAUUAUGGAGGGAAGGAAAGAAUGAAAUGAUGAGAAGGAAGGAUGGAGAGAAGGAAAAGAAACGGAUGACGGAGGAAUAUCAAAAUCAAAAAGAGGGAAUGAUGGAGGGAUGAAAAACAAAUAAAUGAUGGAAGAAAGAAAAAGAGACUAACAAAAAAAGAUGGUUUAGGGAUUUAAGGAAAAUGGAAAAACAAAGACGCAAAUAUAGAAGAAUAAAAGCAAGCUGGAUAGAGGGAUGAAAGGGGGAAGAUACACGUUUAAAAAAGGAAAGAACCCCACUUCACUUGGGCUGAUGAAGUUUUGGGGGUGUGUUAAAGACAGAACUGAAACGGGUGGAUGAACAGAUUGUGAUGUUUCUGUGCCGUGAAUGUGCUAAAA